AGGGUUUGGAAGUGCACUUGUGCAGAGGAAUCGCGGCAGAGACGAAAGAGGAACCCUAAAGCAGAGGAAGAUGGUGAAGUUCCUGAGGCCAAACAAGGCAGUGAUCGUCCUGCAGGGCCGUUAUGCGGGGCGGAAGGCUGUGAUCGUUAGGUCCUUCGACGACGGAACCAGGGAGCGCCCCUAUGGCCACUGUCUGGUUGCCGGAAUCAAGAAGUACCCUAGCAAGGUCAUCAAGAAGGACUCCGCCAAGAAGACGGCGAAGAAAUCAAGGGUGAAGGCCUUUGUGAAGCUGGUGAACUAUCAGCAUCUAAUGCCCACGCGCUACACGCUCGACGUAGAUCUCAAGGACGCCGUCAACCCCGACGUCCUCUCCUCCAAAGACAAAAAGGUCACCGCUCUCAAGGAGACCAAGAAGCGCUUCGAGGAAAGGUUCAAGACCGGCAAGAACAGGUGGUUCUUUACCAAACUCAGAUUCUGAUCACCUCCACAUUUUUCUUAAGCCUUUCCUGAUCUUACUUUUUCCAAUGUAAUCGAAGAUCUUAUGAGAUAGUUUUGUUAUCUUCUUUUACAUCCGUUGCACCUUUUUAUAUUAAUAUUUUGGGUUUUUUUAAUCAA